AUGUUACUUCGAAAAUUUUGUUCACUUACCAAACCAAAACGUGAAUUUAUAUAUUUUCAUGAAAAAGAAAAUUGGCCAAAAGAAUUGAUUAAUAAUAUAGAAACAAAUUGUUUUGUUUCACCAGAUUUUAUAACAGAAAAAGAAGAAGAAUCAUUAAUGAAUGAAAUAACACCACAUAUGAAACGAUUAAAAUAUGAAAGAGAUCACUGGGAUGAUGCAAUAUAUCUUUUUCGUGAAAGGGAACAACGUAAUUGGAAUAAAGAAAAUGAAAUUAUUAUAAAAAAAGUUAUAGAAAAUUCAAUACCUAAAGAAUCAGAACAUUUAUCUUAUAUUCAUAUAUUAGAUUUACAUAAAGAUGGUUAUAUAAGACCACAUAUUGAUAGUGUUAGAUAUUGUGGUAAUAUUGUUACAGGUCUUUCUUUACUUUCUGAUUCAGUUAUGAGACUUAUCAGUAAAGAUAGAAAAUAUAUGUUUGAUUUAUUUUUACAAAGAAGAAGUUUAUACAAAUUAUCUGGAGCUGGUAGAUAUGAAUUUACUCAUGAAAUAUUACCAAGAGAAAAGUCUCGUUUUAGAGGACAUCAAAUAAUUAGAGAUAGAAGAAUAUCAGUAGUAUGUAGAGAUUUACCUCAACGUAAUACUAAUGAUAAAGAAAGAAUAAUUGAAAAUAUAGAUUUUAAACCUUUAGUAUAA